AUGAUACAGACUCGAUACGACGCCAAAAAGUAUCACGACAAGUAUGGCGGCAAGUACUACGAUGACCACGGCUACGGUGGCAGUCACCACGGCAAGAAGGGCUACAAGGGCGGCAAGUACUAUGACUCGGGCCACGGCCACUACGGUAAAAAGUAUGGCGGCCAUGGACACGGCAACAAAAAGGGAUAUUAUGGAGACCACGGAAACAGCCACCAUGGAUACAAGGGUGGCAGCAAAUACUACGGAGACAAUCACGAUAAGUACCACGGCAACAAGGGCCACAAAUACGGCAACAAGGGCUACUACGACAAGGGACACAAGAAUAACGGCUACAAGAACAUCCACCACAAGGAGGAGUAUCAUGCCAAGAAGAAGUUCUACGAUAACUACCACGACGACGGCUACCACAACAAGUACAACGACCACCACGGCUACUAUGGAGGGCACGACGGCAAGAAGUACCACGGCGGACACUACAAGAAGGGACACUACGACCAGAAGAAGGGCCAUGACGGCUACUACAAGAACGGCCACGACUAUGACAAGUACGGCGGCCACAAAGGGAAGUACGGCCAUGACAGCCACGACGGGUACAAGGGCCACCACGGCAAGUACCACCACGACAAGUACAAGAAUGGCGACCACCACGGCAGCAAGUACGGCGGCGGCUACGGCGGCGGCUACCACUAG